UCUCUAACAAUUUAAUUUUCUCUUUGUUUUCUUUUUGACAAUUGAUUGGAAUCUUUGCUAAUUUAUCAGCAAUUUGAAUCACUUGAUUGUUGUAGGAAGAAGGGGAAGAAAGAAAAAUAGAAUAAAUUUAGUAAAAGAAACCAAAUAGAUUCUCUUCCAUAAAAAUCUCUAGUUUCUUUUUGUUCAAUUGUCAAGGUUGUUUUCUUUUAAUAGUUUGUUAAUUAUGCUGUUGUUUUUUCUUUCGUAAUUAUCACUGUUUAAUUGUUCUCUUACUAAUUUCUUUGCAGGACAAUCUACAGGAUAGAAAAAUGAAAAUACAAGUUGUAUUUCCUCUAUCUUGUUAUAUCAUCUCUGGAAUCUUGGUAGAGUUUCAUUCAUACUGUUUUUCUAUUAAUCACAUAAUGUUAACAACGACUUGACAAAUGGAUGCUCAAUCGAAAUUCACCGAUAUGAAUGGAAUGGAACCUUCAGGAUAAGAGAUAUCAUUAAAAAAGAAAAUAAAGAUGAAUGAUGAGAAUUGGCUAAGGAUUCCAAGGAAAAGCUGGAAAGAUUUAUAAUAGACUGAGAGACAAUUAAGAGACACUUAAAAGUGACAACGAAAUCAGGAGACAUCUAAUUAUCCAUAGUUUUACCUUAAAAUGACAAGGACAAUGGAUUCAAUCAGUUUUGUUCAUCAAAUUUUCCACUUUCUAUAUCAUGUUAUUAUCAGAGAUUUAUGGGGCUGUGCAGUUUUAGUUAUAAUUAAGGCUAAAUUACUUUGGUUGUCAAUAACUAAUCAAACAGUUGGGUCGUAUUUGGAAAAAGUUGCUGCCCAAUGUCCAGAGAAAACAAUUUUCAUUGACGGAGAUCGUUCUUGGACCUUUGGACAAUUUAAUUCGUACACUAAUCAAGUAGCCAAUUUUUUCCACUCCCAAGGUUAUAAGCCAGGAGAUGAAAUCGCUCUGGUCAUGGAAUCCAGGCCAGAAUAUGCCGGCAUUUGGAUCGGUCUCUCCAAGAUCGGAGUGAUCACCGCUCUGGUCAAUCCCAAUUUAAGGUCACACUCGUUGGCUCAUUCGAUCAACAUAUUGAACAUAAAAGCCAUCAUUUACGACGGUAAUUUAAGUGAAGCUAUCAAAGGAACACUUUCAUUGAUUGAAAAAGUUUCAAGUAAAAGAUUUUACGUUUUUGGUAAUCAAAUUGGAAAUGGAAUCAAACCAAUUCAAAUUGAGCCUCUUAUUGCUGAGGCUGUUCCUCAUAAGCUUUUAUCUUCCCAUAAAAGCUCAAUUAAAGAUCCUUGUUUCUAUGCUUAUACUUCUGGUACAACUGGACUUCCAAAAGCGGCGAUCAUUAAACAUCUUCGUGUCUUUUAUGCGGCUGUUGGCAUUUCGUUUGCCGCUGGAGUCCGAUCGAAAGAUAUUCUCUAUGUUCCUCUUCCGCUUUACCAUAUGAUCGGUGUUUUCGGUGCCACAGUUCCAAUCGUAACUCGAUGUACUUCAGUUAUGAGACACAAAUUCUCAGUUUCUAAAUAUUGGGAUGAAUUUAAUCGUAACAAAUGCACCGUCGCUGUGUACAUUGGUGAACUUUGUCGUUUUCUACUUGCUCAACCACCGAAAUCUACUGAUGGUCAACGAAAGGUUCGCUUGGUUAUAUCAACUGGUCUUCGAGGAGCAAUUUGGCCUGAUUUUGUUAAUCGAUUCAAUGUCAAACGUGUCGUUGAGUUUUAUGGAUCCACCGAGGGAAGUUCAUCACUAAUUAACUUUACCGGAAAAGUUGGUGCGAUCGGAUUUCUGUCCAUGAUUGUGCCAAAAUUUCUUGUAAGAAUUUUCUAUCCAUUGACAAUAAUUAAAGUGAACGUUGAAACUGGUGAGCCGAUUCGAGGCGAAGAUGGACUUUGUCAAAACGUUGGUCCAGGCGAUGUUGGUAUGAUUAUCGCUAAGAUCAAGCAGAACGAUCAUCUUUACGGGUUCGAUGGUUAUGUUGACAGGGAAGCGACUCGAAAGAAAAUAUUGGCCGAUGUUCUGACUCGCGGGGAUCAGUAUUUUGUCUCCGGUGAUCUGGUGACCGUUGAUAAAUAUGGUUACAUUUAUUUCAAGGACAGAAUCGGUGAUACAUAUCGAUGGAGAGGUGAAAAUGUGGCCACAAAUGAAAUCGAAGCGAUGAUUGCCCGUUUUUGUGACAAUUCUGAUGCCGCUGUUUUCGGUGUUGAAAUACCCGGUGAAGAGGGUAAAGUGGGAAUGGCGGCCAUUGUUGAUUCCUCAGCGUCUCUUGAUCUAGUCAAACUGAUAAAUUUCCUCAGAUCAUCUUUGCCAAAUUACGCGUUACCACAUUUCGUCCGUCUCAUUAAGGAACUUCAAUUCACGGGAACCAGUAAAAUAUCAAAAUUUGACCUGAAACGUGAAGGUUACAAUAUAAACCUAAUUAAAGAUCCAAUCUACUAUUUAGACACUAAAUCAAUGGUUUACAAGCCACUGGACAAAAAUACUUAUGAAGAUAUGCUCAAUGCUCAUUUCCGAUUCUAGCCAAACAAUUAAGAUGACACAACGGAGACAAUUAAACAUUUAAUCAUCUCUCUAAAUCAUCAUUUGCCAUUUUUUUAUAAAUUGUAACAAUUGUUACUCAUACUUAAACCACCAUUUAAAGUUAAAACAAUCAGCGAAUCAAAAAUCAAACAAAAUCAAAGGGAAAUUAAACUUGACAACAAAACAAAUACUCUUAAUCAAUUUUAACGAGUAAACAAUUUAAGAUAAUCAAAACAAUGAACGUUAAGAACAUUAAUUAAGUAUCAUCUUAAAAGGGGGAAAAUCCACUGCAAUUAAUUUAACUGAAAAACCAUGAAUGUCAAUGUUUGUUAACAAUGACAAUCAACCAAUUAACUAAUUUUAUUUUAAUAUGAAAAAUUUUAACAAUAAAAUUUUUACAAUUUAACUGAA